CGUACCUAUGUAACGCAUUUUAAUCAAAAACUGUUUUAUGUUUCUUAUUCUAUUGAGGUAUUUGAUUUUUUCAAUAUCCUUACCAUCAUGAUUGUGAUUCUGCUUGUAAGUUUGCUUACGGUGGUGAGCUGUCUAGAGCCAGCAGCAAAUAAUAACAUAACCGACAAAAUAAAAACUAUCAUCGGCAAGUAUAUCAGCAACAUACCAGACAUUAACUCACGCUACGUCAUCAACGACGAGUUAUCAAAGGUGAUCAACCACUAUUUCAAGGGAAAGGUCAACCCUUUACCCCUAUACAAGAUUAGCUUGACGUUAGACAGAAACCCGGUGAAAAUUCCAUGGACUAUAGACAACGUUCAGGGACAAGAAGGUGAAAAUGAAGUUUAUAAAGAGGUGUCCGAUAAGGCAGGUAAAAAAGAAAAAAAAAGACAUUACAAAGUGUUGAAAUCAGUUGGCAGCAAGGACCUGCCGAAAUCCAAGAAGACAUUAGAUACGUCAACAGAAUCCCCGUCGCCGUUAGCAAGUUCACCCCCCACCACGUCACCCCCGGCGGAGGUACAAUAAAACACCACAUAUUGUCUGGUUCUUUUAUUUC